UCAUCACGACUCUUGGUACCAGGCACUUCUCCGUAGUGGGUACUCGACUCAUCGUGUCGUCUACGGGUUCGCGAGGCUGUGAGGCCGCCCGGGCGAACGAGCGAGCAAGCAAACGUUGGUUGAGUGGGUCUAAGCGGUUGUGAGGACCUCUCCAGGAACCCAACAGUCCUCUCCAUUCAUUCAUCGAACCAUCCAUCCAUCCACGCCAGCCAUCCAUCCGUCUAUCCAUAGAGUUAGCUCCUCUCUACGGAGAGUGAGUGUAUCCUCGGUGAAGGUGGAGGCGAAGAGUAGAGUGGUACAUCUACCAUCGUCUAUCGGCAGAGUCCAAGGACUCAAAGACCCUCUGGGUGAUUUCAGUCGGCCGCCGGCCGGCUCUGCCGGCCACUCUUUAAAUAUUUAAUUUUUUUUAAUUAAAAAAUUAUAAUAUUAUUUGUGUAUAUUGACAUAUAUUUUGUGAAAAAGUGUUUAUUAUCAAGUGUAAAAUUGUGAAUUGUAUUUAUCAAAAAAGUAUUAGUCUGGUGAUGAUUGUGUGCAGGGGGACAUAUAUUACAACUUGUUAAUUUGGAUAGAACAGUGAGUCUUCAGCCUACAAUACUUAAUCAGCAAGUUGAAAAUCAAAUUUUAAAUAGAGACUAUAUAUAUAUUGUGUUUUGUGUUAAUGAAAAAAAAAAAAAAGAGUGGCUGGUGAAUGUGUGUGAUUAAGAAUUUUUUAAACUGUUAUUUUAAUAAUUGAUACAAGUUUUUGGAUAGGUUUAAUUUAAUCAUCGAUACUGGUGAUUCUAAUCAACAUAAGAAAAAAAAAAAAAUAAAGUUUAAUUCAUAUAUAGAACGUUGGUGAAAAUUUUGACAAUAUUGAUAAUCCAAACUUAAGGUACCUGGACGGCGUUACUACCACCGAAAUGAGCGGCGGAAGUGGGGGUGGUGCAAGCGCUGGUAGUCAGGGUAGUAACAAUGUCUAUCAUCAGCAUCAACAACAACAGCAACAACAACAACAACAACAACAACAGCAACAACAUCAGCAACAAAUGGAACAAACUGGAUUACUUCCUGAUCUCAAUGGUGUUGAUUUGGCGAUGAGUUUAUCACCAAAACAUCAUACAUCUCAUGUACCAGGUGGUGGUGCUCAUUCAACACCAUUUAGUGUAACAGAUAUAUUAUCACCAAUUGAAGAAUCAUAUAGAAAACUUGAGCUUGCUGCUGCUGCUGCUGCUGUUGGUGUUGUAUCACAUCCACAGGGUUCACCCUAUACAAACGCUUGUGGCGCCAGAGUUGGUGGUAAUACGGGAAGCUCAAGCGCUAGUAGUGGAAGUCCACCGUUACAUGGGGGUUCAACACCCGGUGGUAGUACUCCAGGUCCAGUAAGUGGUGCAAACGGUAACAGUGGUCCUGGUACAGUUAUUGGUAAUGGCGGGGGUAUGAGUUCAAUGGGAAAUCCUUACGCAAUGCAAUUAUCAUCACAAUAUCAAUAUUGUACUGCUGAAUUAUCACCAUAUCAUCAUGGUGGUCCUGGUGUAACAGGCAGUACAACAGCAUCUGAUCCAAUGAGAUCACAUGCUGUAUCAUCACAUCAUCAUCCUUGGUAUGCUCCAGCACCACCAACAACUAAUGAUCCAAGAUUUGCCAUAUCAAGACUGAUGGGUGCAGCUGGUGGGACCAAUAUGGCUGGUUGUUCAGUAGGCCAAUCAAUGUCCGACGUUGGUAAAUCAUCAGGAAUGGGUAUGGGCGUUGGCGUUGGUGUUGGUAUGGGUGUUGGUUCAAUGCAAUUUCCUUUAGCACAAAGAAGAAAAAGACGUGUACUAUUUACACAAGCACAAGUUUAUGAACUUGAAAGGCGAUUUAAACAACAAAAAUAUUUAAGUGCACCUGAACGAGAACAUCUUGCAUCACUUAUUCAUCUAACACCUACACAGGUCAAGAUCUGGUUUCAAAAUCAUCGAUAUAAGUGUAAACGUCAGGCCAAGGAGAAAGCCAUGGCCGAGCAAAAUGCGCAGAAUCAGAGUGCCAGUUCACCUCGACGUGUAGCAGUACCAGUUCUAGUAAAAGAUGGUAAACCAUGUGGUAGUGGUGGUGGAGGUGGUGGUAAUGAAAGUAGUCGUGGUGGACCAAGUGCUGCAUUAGCAAGUCCAGCACCUCAUAUGACUGCAGCAUCAAGUCCACAUGGUACUCAUCAUGCUGCAAGUGUAUCACAUCAUUCAUCACUUGGUGUUGGUCAUGUUAUGUCAUCAAGUCAUCAAAGUCUUCAGCAUUGUUCAUAUGGUAGACCUGGUGGUCAACAAGGAAUGCAACAACAACAACAAGCACAAUGUGGGGCAUAUUUACCAUUACAGGGAAGGGCUUGGUAGUGCGCGCCAUCCGCGGCGGGGGCUACGGCCUACGCCAAUCCCUCCGUCGCAGGCCCUUGGGCCCUCGCCGCGGAUCCGGCCGCAUGGUAUGCCAUUCCCGAUGAAAGUCCAUAAUAAUUAUUAUUAAAUAUAUAUACUACAUUUGUGACUUCAUCAUGUCAAAUCAAAAUGGCUAUCAUUAGUUUCUUUUUUUUUAUUUUUUAUUAUUAUUGUUAUAUAAAUAAUGAUAAAAUAAUAAUAUAUAUUUCAAAUUUUUUAUUUUUUUUAUUUUUCUGUUUUACGACAAUUUGUCGAGGUGAUCGUGUAUAUAUUAAUACCCAAAUACGAUGUAAUUUAAAUAUGGGAUAAUGAAAAAUAAAUAUUAUUAUUUUGAGCGAAUAUAAUAUUUAUGCAAUCUAGUUUGAGACAACGGAGGGAUUCAAAUCGUUGUACGAUUUGAUAUAUAUAAACAUAAUAAUUGGCAUCAUGUUGAUGACAAAAUAAUAUUGGAAUUUCAAACUAUGACAUUUUUAUAUUUAUUGUACUCGAGGUACGUGUGUCAGAUAAAAGAAAAAAAAAAUGAUAAAAUUUUUAACAAAGAAAAAUUAAUAAUAAGACAAUGUAAAUAUAAUAAUUUUGAUUUUACUUGAAAAUAAUGUUUAAUUGUUUAUGAAAAAAAAGAAAAAAAUUCUUAUGAUUUAUUUACCCAAGUUGGAUGGUUUUAUUUAAGAUAAUUUAGAAAUUAAUUAAAAAAUUGAAAAAAAAGCGUCUAUUAAUUUUAAUAUGAAAAAUUUAAUAACAAAAAAAAAAAAUCAGCGGCAUACAAAAUACAAAAAUAAUAAUAAUAAUAAGAAAAUAACAUAAAUUAAAAAUAAAUAAACUAAAAGUUUAAAAAUAUGAUAUAUAUAGUAAAUAGAUUUCGAAGGAGAUGAACAACAAAAAAAAAAAAGCGAAUAAAAUUAUAGUAGAGAUUAUUAUAAAGUUUUUUGUAAAUAAUGAAUAAAAAAAAAAAGAGAUAUUAAUAAAAAUGAUACUAAUACAACUUGAACUUGAUAAAAAAAAAUAAUUUAAUAAAAUUAAUAUAUUAUUUUGAUAACCUGUUUAAAAAAUUAAAAAAAUUCAGUAGUAAAGUUUAAAUAUAGUCAGACAUGAUUAUAAAAUCUUCAAAAAAUCAGCAAAAAAUUACUUGUAUAAAUUUAAAAAUAUAUACGCUUUACAAUGGCAAUAAAACUAAUAAUGUUUUAUUACAUUUUUUGGUAUUUUUUUUUAUUUUUAUACUUAAUAGAAAGACCCUAUGUACAGUGCUAAAGUAAAAGUGCCAUGGAAACACCCCAAAAUUUGAUCUGUUAUAUUUUAUUCUAUCUGCCCUAGCGAAUACAUUUAAUAUGCUUUACUCAUGGCUAUAAUGUUUUGAUGGUAAGCCGAUCUUUUUGGACAAUUGUACCAAUAAAUUCUUUUC